CUCAUUCUUUCAAUAAUAAUAAUUACGUAUUUAUAUUGGGUACUUUAUUGGCUCAAGGGAUUAUAGUUCAAUAAUUAAUGAGUACCGUAUGUGUAAGAAUGACAAUUUUGAUUUUGUCUUACUCUUAUUUUGCCCACAUAAACGUGCCGUGAAAUUAUAAUGACGCAUGAAAAACAGUGUCUUACUUAAUACUCGAGUGAUUAUACUACCUAGGGUUAGUUAUAAUACACACUAUAAAACAUAUUCAAGGUCUCAAUUUCAUACCUCAGAUCAGGUUCAAUUAAAUUACUUGUAUUAAGAUAACUUGAACAUCUCGUCUAGCUCUAUCAAUACUCUCAAUGGCACAAUUUACUCUUUACACCCAUAAGGGAGGACCUAACCCAUGGAAGGCUGCUAUGUGCCUCAAAGAAUUGGGUCUUACAUAUGAAUCUGUAUACCUUGAUUUCCAAAAGAAUGAGCAAAAAAACCCGCAGCAUUUAAAGUUGAAUCCAAAUGGCAGAGUACCUACUCUCGUAGACCAUUUGAACAACGAUUACACUAUUUGGGAGAGUGACGCUGUGCUGUUAUACUUAACUGAUCGUUACGACAAGCAACGCGCUAUAUCUUUGCCCCAUGACCACCCUGAUUAUCACCAUGAAUUGCAAUAUCUGUUUUUCCAAUCAUCUGGACAAGGUGUAAUUUGGGGGCAAGCUAACUGGUUUAACAUUUAUCACCCUGUCCCGGUCCCAUCUGCUGUUACAAGAUAUCGAAAUGAAUUAAAGCGUGUACUUGGAGUGCUGGAAACUAUCUUACAAGAUAAACCAUAUCUUCUUGGUGACAAGUUUACAAUUGCCGAUCUAUCUUUUGUCACUUGGAACAAUCUGCUCUCAAUGAUUUUCGGUAAAGGAAAGUAUGAAUGGGAUGACCAAGUUCCACAACUGGAUUUCCAAAAGGAGUUUCCGAAAACAUAUGACUGGAACCAUCGCAUCAACCAGAGACAAGCUAUAGCGAAGACAAACGAGGAAAAGGCUAAAAUUGGAGGACACUAAGAGCGGAUUUCGGAACUGCCUUGGCUAAUAAAUGCAUAAGCAUCUCUUCACCUACUUGACAAUGUUUCUUUUUUCAGAAAAAGCUAUAUUUAACGGUAUUUCAUGAAUAGUAUUGUUUCACUUAAAUGAAUGAUUAUUUUCUGUUAAUUGAAAUACAAAACGUCUAUUGUUAUUGUAACGUUUAGUGACGGCUCUCAACAGGCUUUCAGUAAAAUGGAUUCUCUCUUUAUUUACUAAAUAGUGUGUAUUCGUAGACCGGUCAUUCCUCACACUUCUAAGAUUAUAUUUGUUUGGGGAAAAAUCGAC